UUAUUAUAAUAUUCAGUUUAUAUUCAGUACUUUUGUGAACUAUAAUGCACAAAUACGUAUGAAGAGCUUACCCAUCUGUCUCUACAAUGAUCGUGCUGGAGUUAGUCGCUUUUUGUGACACCCUCCGAUAUGACUAAAUUACGCACACCAAGUACUCCGGACCUCGGUAGAAUAAUUUGUUUUAGCUGUAUAUAUAUCGUCGAUCGUUAAUACUAACAAUGCAUUGGGGUAAGAUUUUGCAUAUAUUGAUUGCACAUAAUAUCAAGUAUAUCUUUAAAAAAUCAAAUUUUUUCUACUAAAAAGAUAAGUUAAAUUAUGUAAACUUUGUUUAGUCUUCUCAUAAUAUAUAAAUUUUUUAUCAAAAAUACCAGUUUCAAUUUAAAAUUAUCUUAAAUUGGAUAAAUCGAAAACAUGUCACGAAUAUCUUAAUUUAGAGUUCUUUUUAUAGAACUAAAUUCUAAUUGCAUUAACACUAUAAUUAGAAUACAAGUAAAUGUAAUAAUACUAAUAGUUCACGGUGCUGCGACUUUUGGGAUCAGAUUUCAAUUUGGAAAAAAAAUAAAUAAAAGAACAACGUUUUUAGCUGUACUGUACUUGUGCCAAAAUACCUUUUCAGUCUAACCGUGAACUUGUUCAAUAAUGUAAAAAAAAUACGCAAGAAAACUUUAAAAUCAGGUCAAUGUGUCUUGAAUUCACAAUAUGAAAUAGCUUUUUUAAUAAAUAAAAAAUGAAUUUGGAAGGAAUAUAAUAAAAAUAUAAUUUAACAGUAUGUUUAGAAAUAUAGUGCAGGAUAUUAUAUCUCUAAGCUGACUUGAUAUUGUGAUUUUAUGUUUAAUUAUAAAAAAGAAAUAAGACUUCUAUCAGUGUAUGUAACCUGCGGUGUAAAAAAGCAAUCCAAUCAAAAACGUUCGGUAGAUAAUAGGGGCUUUCCCUGCAAUCUACUGAUUGAAUGUUGAAUUGAUAAAAUAACAAACUAAAAGGACAUAAAAUGGAUUAAUCAAACAAUCUAAAGGGUGGAUGCCAUCAAAAUAUUCAUUUAAUGCGAGAUGGGUUUCAUUCGAAUGACAGAUCUUUAACAAAAAUGAACACAGGAAAAAAGAUGUAUUACUUGCGGAUUCAAGUCUUACUGGUCGACGGCGGGGCAAUGGUUCUCAGAAAAAGCUUUGACGAGAAAGCAUCUCCUUUGGCAGCAUGUCUGAAGCAACACCAGGGAACAUUAGCGUUUCUUUCAAAGAGAAACAUCAUCAACAAACAACAAUAUUUGUUGAUCUCAUCCAAUGCCCCAACAUCAGCAAGUUUUGAUAUUUCCUUACUAUCUUGUUUACUAAGGAAUAUUUGUGGGUUGCAAAAAAGCAACGAUCCAUGCUGGUCAGCACCGCCAGCACCGACUGAUACCUCCAUUGAAGCAGACCUAGUGCGUUUCAAGGCAUAUCGUAAUGAGUUUGCUCAUACAUCUUCAACAUCUACAUUAACAGAAAACGACUUCAACACGAAAUGGACAGACAUAGUGCAGGUUCUGAUAAGGCUAAAUUCUCAUCUUCAAAACGGUAUACCAAAUCUUCAAUUAGAACUAGACAAUAUGAAAACAGCCCCACUUGAUGAGGAAGCCGAUAAACGCUACCAGCAAGAGAUAGAUCAAUGGCAUCAGAUGGACAGUGCACAAACUAGAGAUAUAGAGAUAAUAUCAAACGAAAUAAAAGAUCUUAAUACAAACAUUGAGACCCUAUCCUUAGAGAACAGGCAACAACGGGUAGAAAUGUCGGAUAAACAUGAUGAAGUUUUAAAGCAUGUUAAAAGUAUUCCCAAAAACAUUUCAGAACACUUCAGUUUGAGGAUGACACCUGAACAGAAAAAUCUUUAUGAUUCAUCACAGAUGUAUUUUGAUGAUGCGAAAGGCAAUAUGGAAUAUUAUGUUAGAACCAAUAUUUACACAGAAGCCAGCAAACAACUUAAAACAUCAGGAAUAGCUAUACUUAGUGGUCAUCCAGGAGAUGGAAAAACUGUAAUGGCGAACUGUCUGUUAAUGGACAUGGCUCAUGAAAGUAAACUCUUACGGUUAACUAGCCCGGAUGAUUGGAGAUUAGUAGAUUUAGGUGUUUACACUGCUGUGUUGAUUGACGAUAUAUUUGGAAAUGCUGUUCUAGACGAAAAUCUGUUAAAAAAGUGGGAAGUUUUCCUUAUUGACAUACGUAAUGCAGCCAAUCAAAGAAAGUUGUCAUUUGUGAUAACUACUCGCCAUUAUAUAAUGCAAGAAGCAAAUGAAAAACUGCAGAAUCGAGCUGAUAUGUUCAAUGGGAAAAAUGUCACCAUUCUAUUUUCUUCCAGAUUAACCCCAGAGGAGAAGUAUUAAAUUCUGAAAGCACAUCUUAUGAAAAACAAAAGGAAAAUUGAAACGAAUUCAUACAUGCAUGAAUCCAUUGAAACACGGUGGGAAAGGG